AUGGCGAACCAUUAUGAAGUCCCUAGUUGGGCCGGCAAACCACCAACGGGAUUGCAUUUGGAUGUUUUGAAGGGAGAUAAGUUGAUCCAAAAACUAAUGAUUGAUGAGAAAAAAUGCUACUUGUUUGGGCGCAAUCCACAAAUGAAUGAUUUUUGUAUUGAUCACGCAAGUUGUUCAAGAGUCCAUGCGGCAUUUGUUUACCAUAAAGAUUUGAACAGGGCAUUUUUAGUUGACUUAGGAAGCACACAUGGAACUUACAUUGGAAACAUGAGAUUGGAACCAAACAAGCCCACACAACUGCCUAUUGACUCUAACUUCCACUUUGGUGCCUCUACAAGAAAUUAUAUCAUAAGGGAACGACCGACUGGCAACUCUCGCGGUAUAAUGGAGGAACUACCUAACACAGAGACUGAAGGUGCUUUACUUGGACUUCCAGAAACCCAGACAGAAUUAGACAAUUUAACAGAGUUCAACACAGCACACAACCGCAGGAUUUCGAUGUUGGGUAUUUCAACAGACGAUGGCACCGAUGUUAUGAAGCCACCCACUGGUACAAAACGCUCGGCCUCCAUGCCGGGUGGGGUCUCAAAGAAACAAAAGCGGAACGUGUCUUUCAACGAGGAGGUGGACAUCAUCAACCCAGAGGACAUCGACCCAACAGUGGGCAGGUUUAGGAACCUCGUCAAGUCAACAAUAGUCCCCAAUUCUAACACCGCGCCGAGGAAAUUAAAACUGCAGAGCUCAGAUGAUAAUCAGCACCAUCACUCACUUAGGUUGCAGGAGAUUUCCAGAGGUAACAAUCUAUAUUCGGAUCUACCGGCACCUUCGCACUUGAGCCUUAUUGGUGCUAGAUUGGGCAUUUCGUUGCCGAAUCCGGCGCCUGACGUGGAACUGGAGGGUCUGGAGCCGCACCUCAAUAUACAUCCGCCGCUACCUCACGCAGCACCCGAAGAAGCUGGACCUUCAAGCGAGCCGAAGAAGAAGAAAUACGCAAAGGAAGCGUGGCCCGGAAGAAAACCCGGCCUCAUAUCUGGCGUUUAA